CAGUGACUUCUCUUCCCUGCCGUUCACCAGCGAUCGAAGGGAGCCCACAACGCAAAACAUCACCGUUGAAUCUGCAUACGGCCAUCAAGGUAUCCGUAUACGACUACUUUUGCCAAAACUUUACUACUGUGCCAUACCGCACCAGAACCGCGCAUCGCGCAUCGCGCAUUCACCCCGAGGCAACGCCCUGCGUGGGCCGAUACAGGCAAAAAUGGUGUACGAUUGGGAGAACAAAGAGGAGCUCUGCUACCGCCUCUACAUUGAGGAAAAGAAGAGCUUGGAGGAGAUUAUGGAGUUUAUGAAGGAGCACCAUAAGUUUGCGCCGAGUAAACGGGCGUUCCAAACACAAUUCAAGCGCUGGGAAUUCCCCUCGAAACAAAACCCAGCGCACAAAAACGUCGAGCUAGUGGCGCGAGUGAAGGAGCUCUGGGAGCGCAACGUAUCGCAACGCGAGAUGCUGCGCGUGCUGAACGAGGAGGACGGCUUCGACAUCAAAGAGCGCGAGCUCAUGCGCGUGCGCGCCAAGAACCGCUGGCUGCUGCGCGUGCCGAACGGGAUGAAGGCCAAGAAGCGCGAGUCGGAGCAGGACGUGAUGGACCAGCUGCAGCAGGCCCUGUUUGACGACGGCUCGGGCAGCCAACAGCAGCAGAUUGAGGGCGAGGUGGAGGAGGGCGAGGCGGGGGCGGCGCCGAAGAAGGAGGGGGAUAGGGCUGUUAGUCCGGAACUGAGCCCGGAGGUGCUGGCGAAGAGGAUGGAGAGGCUGCAGAAGCUGCAGGCGGAGAGUGCGGUGAGGUGGCUGAGUAGGAAGAGGAGGAGGAGGACGAGGGGCUGGGCGGGGUUACCUGCUGAUCCGCCUGGGCCGCCGAGGUUCCCGUCGGAGACGACAAUUGAUGAGAGUAAGGCGUUCUUGAGCCUCGACAGCGCCCUAUACCGGGAUAUCAGAGCGCGGUUCCAGAGGAUCUGCGAGGAAGCGGAUGUUAUUAAGAAGACUCUCGCGGGGCCGGAACGUUGGGAGGCUGUGAAGGCCAGGCUCGUGCAGGAGAGCCCGCAUCUGCAGCAAGUCUUCUGGCAAGAGACUGACAACCAAGAGCAGAAGAAACUCGCUCUGGAUGUCGUUUGCACAGAUGUCACAAAGCGGAUGCGUACGCUGGAACGCAGGAUGACGAUCGCUGAAGCGAAGAAUGCCCUCGGUAUUAACCCCGAGGAAUCGCGGCAGAUCCGCAACGCCUUCUACCAGACUCUCAAGGCAGACCAUUUCACGAGCAAGCUGGAGGCGGGAGACGACCAUUGGCGCGAACUCAAGCAACAAUGGAUUGACGAAUCCGAGCUCCUAACGAACAUUCUCGCACCUGGUGAAGCGGACCCGCAGCGCCAGGAGAAACUCAAGGCGAUGGAAGUCCUUUGCAGAGAUGUCAUGAAGCGCCUCCGCGACGACCAAACCAAGCGUGACCCUACGAGGAAGAAGAAAUUCGACUCGAAUUUCACGGCUGAGGUCCCGCAAAAUAUGGAGAGCUUCACUAAUGAUCGCGAGGAAGAUAUCCCACAAUACCCAAUGCCGGGUCCUCACGACGCCCUGGUACAGGCUGCUGCUCAUGCUCAAGCGCAAGCUCAGGUCCAGGCCCAGGCUCAGGCCCAGGCGCAAGCACAGGCACACAUGCAAGCCCAAGCGCAGGCCCAGGCAUUGGCUCGGCAUAACCAGUCUCACCUUCUUAUGACAGACCACGAUGACAUGCGAAUUGACCCCUCGCUACUGCUUGCCACUGCCAACGACCCAUCGCUCAUGGAUUCCCACCACGACCACCACGGCUACGCCGAGCAGCAGUACGCGGACCAACAGUACACAGCGCAAGCGGCGCAGGCAGCUUUUCCGAACCCAGCGAACUCGAUUGCUGUUUACUUCCGUCUUCACCCCGCUUCUGAUAUUCAGCCGCCUUCGAGACUAUGGGUGAGCACGCUGAGCAGCGUGUCGGUGGACGAGCUGAGGCAGCUGGCGACAAGCAAAUACCCUGGCACUAUCCCGGUGCGCCUAGAGGGGAUUGUGAAGGAGAGUAAUGGGCAGGAGAUGAACCUGCAGAUUGACCACGAUGAGGAGCUUGAUGCUUACCUGGCGGCUAUCAAUGGGGUGAAACCCAUUUUUACUGUGCAGUUGAUGCAGGGCUGGAAGAACGAGUAAGGGAUGGGAUUAAGAGGAUGGUGUUUGGGUCUUCGUGUUACACUUGGAGCAUAAUAAGGCAAGGAUGGAUAUCCUUGUCAUGGUGGGAUUCAAGGAGUUUGGCUUAAGAGCCCCGGUUUUGAUGAUCAAAGUUAGAUGUACAAUUGCUCUCAUGUUAGCUUUAGGAUGUUAGAGUGGGUUGGCGGCGGCGGAGUUGGUUCUGUAUUUGCUAACUGGGCCCUGUCGGGGCGAGGAGUCGGGAUCCUGGCUAUAUCAUUAUAAUUGCUUGUAUUAGAGAAUGUAUAUAUCUCAAGUUGGAUUAUCACCAAUACUUCUUUCAUGAAAUGAUAUCUGUAGUUUAGA